AAGAAUAUAAUGCUGCUAUGCUGUGUGUGAAUGUGUGUGUAUGUGAAUGUUACUAAUACGAGAAGGACCUCUCUUCGAAGGAGAAGCGGCGGCUUUAGAUUAGCCCACAGUGUCGCUAGAUAAAGAUUCACCACAGUGACGUUUCACUACACUUGUUCUAUGGGCGAAUAGCGGGCAUCCGCCGUUACACCAGGCCCCGAAGAUGGCCUUCUGGAAGCAAAACAUCAUCAGUCAGUCACACAUUGACACGUUGCUCGAUCGACCAGACGUCACACUGUGUGAAAUUCUCAAUGAAAGCGAUAUUUUUCAAGAGGUGCGUAGCCAUACUUCAAAGCUUAUAAAAUUCAUUUGUCGUCCGGAUAUUCUCGAUGAGCUUGUGGGCCUUAUUAUCAGUGGUCCUGACCCGUCAUUGGAAUACACCCAACAGUACAAACUGGCUAACACGGCCUGUGAGGUUCUGACGUUUGACGUGCCGGCAAUUAACGAUGCAUUGAUUGAAACGCCGCAUCUACUGACGCGCGUUUGUGGUGUAUUCCGACAAGAAGACGCCCUCAAUGACCUCACAGCAUCAUUUGUAUGUAAAUUACUCAUUUUACUCGCAACAAAACGAACUGAGAAGUUUCUGGACUUCAUCCAGUACUAUGAUCCGGAUCGGACCGACCCUCCGGUUGGAGAUUCUGCAAUCAACGUGAGUAGUGUUUCAAGUUCUGUAUCUGCUGCCAACACGGAUAUAAAGUCAGAGGAGGCGAGCGCCGAGGGUGACAAUACUGAAAAAGCAGAUGAUGAAAAACCUGUGGCAAAUGGACAGGAAGCUUGUGGAGAAGUGAAUACUCAGAAAAAGAAUACAGAAGAUAAAAACCAGCCAGGUAGCUCAGCUUUUGUAGACAUCUUACUGAAUCAUAUAAAUAACUCUGCUAUUAAGGAUCUUAUUAAUCGACUGGUAGAAUGUACUGAUAAUCCCGAGUUACGUCCUCAGGUCAUUGAGUGGUUGGCUAGAGGGCAGCUCGUAUCGAAACUGAUUGCUCUGCUGAGCCCCGAGAACUCCGAGCAGGUUGUCACAAACUCGACCAAGUGCCUUUGCAAGAUCGUCAAGGUUGGCCGCGAACAGCAAAUGGUCCUACAAGAUAAAUGUCCUAACGAUCCCCUUUUGGCAGCUGUUGAGGAGACGGAAACGAUAAGCGAAAUCUUGCGACACGCUUUACCCGAAAAAAAAGAAGAACUCUCUCCCUGGACCCUGUACGAAAGUAACUUUGUCCUUUUAUCACUCCUGCAAUACAGGAAAACUACGCCCAGCUUCCAAGAUAUUGGCGUCGACCCUCAGUGUUUUCUUAGCGUUUACGCAACACCACCUGAGUCGUCGCCCACGCUCGGCGAACUAGACCAACUGCGCGCCAAAGAAUCUAUCCAAAAGUGUUUAAAGGCUCUGUCUCCCCGUUUGAACUCGCUGGUCGAGCAUCUGUCAUUGGAGAAGAGAGAAACGUUCGGUUUUGUCCGACUAGAAAUCGUCAAAUUAAUUGCAUCAAUAGUGUCGUGCAGCGACGAGCCCAGCUUGACAGUGUUGCGGGAUCUCCACGUGCUACCGUCAAUAAUCGAUCUGUUCUUUAGCUAUCCACUGUGCAGCCAAUUACAUAACCAAGUGGACGCUAUUGUGCAGGCUAUCUGCACGCCUCCCAAAACACAAAAAGCUUCCGAUGGAGGAAAGGAUGAUCCAAUCACUGAAACCAUUCCAGAAACAGAGCAUGCUAAUGAAACGGAGGAUACUCCAGCACUGCAGAAACACGUUUUGUUCGACCAACUCUUCGGCGAGUCAGCUCUGCUUGAGAAAAUCGUUGAUUGUUACACUAUCAAACCUAAAGAGCAGCUUGGCUACAAUGGUCAUUUAAGACUAAUGGCCAACUACGUUGAAACAAUGGCGGAGAACGCAUUCCGCGAAGUUUAUACCGAACUCAUGGAGGGACUCAGUCCAGAACUUAAGGAACGCUGGACAGCGUUUAAAGAAAACUUGCAGGCUGUCAAUAAAGUUUAUUCAAAAGCAGUCGAGCCAUUGAACACAACUGCGUCGUGUUCUGAGGGUGAGGAUCCAGCAGAACUCCGAGACAUGGGAGUGCCUACUCCAGACGCCAUCACUUCUGCUCAGCAGUCUUUUAACGACUAUCAGUUGAAUCAGGUUACGGCAAAUUUCUUCGAUCAGUUUGGAUUUCAAGACGACGAGUUCACGGAUGUUGACAUUCCAGGUAUAAGUAAAGUUGCUUCACCGCCUAUGGAUGACCACUCAUCUGAUGAGGAUGAUAUGGAAGAUGCACCUGGUGCCGUUUGCGGCGGAGGGGGUGGUGUAAUUCAUUUUGAUCCUUGGAAUAGAAUGGACUACGGUUUCAACCCUUGGAAUCUAGCAGAAACAUCCGGUGGGGACGAUGCGCCGGGAUCGUCUGCCGAUCAAGCCACGGCAGUUGACGAUUGGGCAGAUUUUGGUUCAUUCAAGGCCUCUCUUGGUGAAAUCGGAGGACCACAACAAGAUGGUAAUGAAGGUCAACAAGACGAUAUGUGGGCUGAUUUCGAUGCAUUCCGGGACUCACGUGUACAGCAGCAACAGCAAAUCGCGCAGCAAUCACAGUCUGUGGCCAAUUACAACGAUGCUAGGGGUGGAAACACUGAGACUGUAGAGAAUAAGCAGGGUCUGCAAAAGCAGCAACAACAGCUGCCUCCGCCGCAAGGAAUACAACAGGAACAAAAGGCUGCGACUGAGCACAGCGCUACAUGCAGCUCCGAAGGCGGAAAUGAAAGUAGUGAAGUAAGAGCUAGCGGCAAGAGACAAAAUAAAGAGACAAAUUUACAAGAUCCGACCGAACAAGAAAGCGAUGAUGAGUAUUGAGUAUUGACUAAUAUAAAGAAAUAUAACAAUCAGAGUGGUGGUUUUUUCCGCUUAAAGGAUGGUAAUGAUGGUAAUUGUGGUGAAGGCGCCGGUUUUAAUAUCCACAAGUCACAAAAUGAGCGGGCUAUGUAAAACGAAAUAAACCAAUUUAACAGAAGGGACAGCAAAAAAUUGAAAGCGCAAAGCAUCGAACAAGUGACGAAUGACAAAUAUCAACGGCUGUUACCGUUGAAAACGGAUAAUAUUUCGAAAGAAGCGACCGAUAUGACACCCGCUUCCCAGCCGCUUUCUUAGUUAGUAUCAGCUAAAUCCAUCUUAGGGAAAUGGUGUAUUAGACUGAAGUAAUGGGGAUCUACUUAAGUUGCUGGCCUGGUACUCUACUAUAUUCUAGAUAUUAAUGAACAGAGUGCGACAAAAAAGACACUCAGAUAAAAGUUAUGUAGUGAUGCUGAUAAUAAGAUACGAGAGAUUUCUAUAGAUGCGCUACCGUAGAUGCUUCUGUACAUUGGAGUUGGUGCUGGCUUGUAGCUGAUGGGCAAAAAACCGAAAAGUAACGCGAGCAAGCAUUAAGGAUAUGAACAUUCAAAACAAUACUGAUAAGUGAGGUUUACGUAUGGAACAGUCACAAUAUUUUAAGUUAUUUUAUGCUCUUCAUGCAAGUAUGUAGGCCAUCAAAUGGGAAUGAAUCCAUUUGAUGGCCGAGAUGAUGAGAUAUAUGACACUUACAGAUAAAGCGCUAAAUUAUUUCACAGAGGCGUCAAGUAUAACGACAAGUUAUUGUCUACAGGCGACAAAAGUGAACGAGCGAAGACCGAGGACGAAGAUGACCUAAAGAGUCAUAGUAUAUGGACGGGUGAAGGGGCACAGUUGUAGAUUUUCAUUGAAUGUGGAGUGGUACAUAUUCUAGUGAUGAAUUUGUAAUUAUUAUUGUUUCAUCAUUAUCAUGUAGAACGGCGAACAUGUGAGCAAGUAAUAGUAUGCGACGUACUUGUCCCGCGCUGUAAUUAGUGUAGAAAAACGUUGGAAACUGCCCCCACGUAAUUACUGCGCGAACUUGAAGUAUUUUAAGAUGGCGACAGACUUAUAAAUGGGGAGAACGGGUAUGGUGAAGAAUUUAAAAGGAAUGUGCUUAGAACUCCAAAUAAAACUACUCAUCACCAUGAGAAAUGAUGGAAGAUUUAAGCGGCGGCCACUCUUAAUACUGAUAUGAUGUUGGUCUGUAAUGCUUUGUGUGCAAGGCAAAAACAAAAGAAAAUAGAUACGAACCGCUGUGUCGUUAGCAAACGGCUUAGAAACGUAUAGGGAAUAAUGUUAUGUACAAUAAUUGAAUUAAGAUAAAUUAAUUAUAUUAUUAUUUUUAUUAUUAGUAUUAUUAUUAUCAUUCUUAUCGUUUAGCAUUACUGACAUAGUAAAAGUGGUCAAAGGCCAGACAAGCGAAAAGUUGGCGGUAGGCAGAUAAAAGCAGUGUGAGACAAACAAUAUUUAGGUGAAUGGCAAUUUGGAAUACUGAGAAAAAAAAUAAAUUGGACGCAAAUUGUUGUUUUAGCGUA